ACAAUGUGUCACACACUCGCAGCAUCACCGAGGACAUGGAGUUUAAAAGCUCCGUCCGUCAAACCGCGCUUUAAUUCACCGGCUGAGGACCGAAGCAGCCACAGUCUCCUCCGGCUCAAACUUAAAGUGUCCUGUGGAGCCACACAGCAUGGAAAAAGGACGAAGCACCCCGAAACAGUACGGAUCCCUAGAUCAAACGGAGCUGUGCGAAGACACUGGCAAACAAGCUGAAGAUGACGUGGUGUCUAUGGCUGAUUCCACCAUCACUGUGGAGGACAUCGAGGGAGAGCUCUUUAAAAUCGAGAGGAUAAAAGAUGCACUCGUGCGCAAAGAGUCUGAGCUCAGAUAUAUGUGAGUCUGCCUUUUUAGACUGAGUCUGGAGUCAGCUUUAAAAAGUCUAGUGGAUGUUUGAUACAAAGACAAGUCUAACGAGGACCGACAGCGUGAGGAGGACCUACUUCAACAGAUCCAAAAGCUGGUGGAGACGCGUGACUUUCUAGUAGAUGACAUGGAGUUUGAGAGACUCAGAGAGCGAGAGGAGGACAAAGAGAUGGCUGACUUCCUACACGGCAAAUUUCCCAACAGGUGCAGCUUAAAAAGUCAAAACAAGGACAGGAGAAUGACAUCCAGAGCGCAGCAGACUUCAUCAUCUCCAUAUAUGAGCAAGACGGGUAUCACGCUGUUGAAAGAGUGCUGUGGCUUCACCUGCUCCAUCAUGUAAAACAACAGAGUGACACGUAAACAAACCCUCAGACCCGUGAUUCAGCACAAUAUUGUCAAGCUCUCACACAUUUCAUUUCAUAACAGAUGGCAGAAGGUGAGCGCCUAACUGAUGUGCAUUUCAUGCAAGCAGUAAUUGACGACAUGCUGUUGAGUUACUAGAAAAUAAA